GCGUUGAAUCCAGUCGUUGGAAAGAGCAACUCUGCUCUUUCUUAAUCCGCUUUCAACAGGCGUUUUCCAAAGACACAGCUCUCUCCCUACUUUGAGUUGCAUUGCUUCCAUGCAAAAAGGUGUCCUCACUUUCCUCCAUGGCCAACAAUCCUUCACAGCUCCUCCCGUCAGAGUUGAUUGACCGGUGUAUAGGUUCUAAAAUCUGGGUUAUAAUGAAGGGAGACAAGGAGCUUGUUGGUACUCUUAGGGGCUUCGAUUUGUACGUCAACAUGGUCCUCGAGGAUGUCACUGAGUAUUGGUCUCUGGUGGCUUCCCUGAUCUGGAAUGAGUUGGAUUCAUGCUCUAACCCCAAUGGCAAAUUAUGUAGGUACUCUCUCUCUCUCUCUCUCUCAAGACAUGAACUCUUUUGAGGAUUAGGGAUGUGGAUCCUCUGUCCUGCACCAUACUCCCAUGGGUGUCUCAACAUACGUCUCCUGCUGAAGCUUACCGCAUUUGCAUGCAUCAACGGUUGAGAAGUGGUUAAGGGUUACAACACGAAUGGGAGCCCUAUGGUUGUAGAGUAUCUUCAUCCAUAAUAUGCUGUCUUCUUGGUGGCCUGCUAUUUGACUACCCUUUCUGUGUUAUAGUACAUACGCAAUCUAAAUGCAGAAGUGUGUGUUCCCAAUUUCCACUUUGGAAAGGAUCAAAGAAUUCCACUUAUGUACUCGUUGCUCUUGCUUGAAAAGCUUCUACUUCACUAUGCAGAA